CUGGGCACUGUAGUUUGGUUCGGUCAAGAGCAACAGAACGCACUGAAAGUGGAAACGAAUCACACAACCCAGCAUGACUUCAUACUUCUGCUUAUUGAUCCGGUGGUUACUGGGUGGACUGGGGCCGUAACCAAAUGGAUGGUACCCUUUUUAUUUCUGACCCUUAAAUGCUCUUAACUUAUAGUUUUCUGUUGAGGAUCAGCUGUGGACAUCCUGCGUUGCAUCAGUUGGCCGUGGAUCACCAGAAAAGGAAAUGCUGCCAGGUGUUCAGGUGUGUAUGCUGGGCCUGUUCUGUCGAGGCUGUCUCAGCAGGGUGUGGAACUGGACCGGUUUGUUGCCCAGGUACAUGAGCAAGUGGAACAGCCAGGACGCCUGUGGCCCUCAAGUUCCUGAGGAAGUCCCACGUGUUCUCAUCACAGGUGGUUUGGGGCAGUUAGGUGUCGGACUUGCUGAGAUGUUGAGGAAACAAUAUGGGGCAGAAAACGUAAUCCUGUCAGACAUCAAGAAGCCUCCGCCUCAUGUUUACUCCAGCGGCCCAUUCGUGUAUGCUGAUGUUCUGGAUUACAAACACCUGAGAGAACUGAUUAUAAACCAUCAAAUCACUUGGCUGGUCCAUUACAGCGCUUUGCUCAGUGCUGUGGGGGAAGCUAAUGUGGCUUUGGCACGAAAAAUUAACAUCACAGGACUACACAACGUUCUGGACUUGGCUCUGGAAAACUGCCUUCGCCUCUUUGUGCCCAGCACCAUUGGAGCAUUUGGCCCCUCAUCCCCACGUGACCCAGCUCCUGACCUCUGCGUACAGCGCCCAAGAACCAUCUAUGGUGUCUCCAAAGUGCACGGUGAACUGAUGGGCGAGUAUCUCCAUCACAAAUACGGUUUGGACUUCCGCUGCCUGCGUUACCCUGGUGUGAUAUCAGUGAACACCCACCCUGGUGGAGGAACGACAGACUAUGCCGUUCAGAUCUUCCAUGAUGCUCUAAGUACAGGUCACCAUGUGUGCUACCUGCGUCCUGACACCCGACUUCCCAUGAUGCACAUCUCAGACUGCCACCGUGCCACUGUGGAGUACAUGCAGGCUCCAGAGUGCCAGCUAUCGCUGCGGACCUACAACAUAGAUGCCAUGAGCUUCACCCCAGAGGAGGUGGCCCAAGAAAUCCGCAAGCAUCUCCCUCACCUUAAGGUCACUUACAAUCCAGACUCUGUGCGCCAGACAAUCGCUGACAGCUGGCCUGUGAGAUUUGACGACACUAAUGCCAGGAGGGACUGGGGCUGGAAGCCGGCCUUUGGGCUUGAGGAACUCGUGUCAGAUAUGCUGAAAUCUGUUCGCGACAAGAGGAUCAUCGAGGGCUUUCCAGUCAGCUAGCAAAACCUUCCCUACAAAGACCGACCCAAGCUCCAUGGAUGACCUUCUUUCGUUUACCAUUGGUUUUCCCCAGCAGUUUCCAGUAUUUGUUCCUGCAUAAUCACGCCAAUCUUUUAGAAGUUGAUUGUAAAUAAAGAAUUCUCAGUCAGAACUUCUCAAUAUGUCAUACUCAUCUACAAAGUCAGGAUUUCGCAGUCUAAUUCAGGGAAUCAUACAUUGUUACAUAUCCUCAUCUUUGUUGUUUCUAUUUGUUAUUGCAUUAUUUCACUUUACACAUGAGAAAGUGCCUCAACUGGGGUUUUAACAUAUUUUAAUGCAUGACCACAACACAUUGUAGCAGUGUGUGUCCAAGGCAACGUGGACCAGGUGUUCACUGGAAUGGCUCGCUCACAUCAGUCUGGACUACCAUGCUGUAUUCUGCCUGUUUCACUGAACAUUAUUUUGUAAGAUGCCAGAGACUAUAAUGUAAAAAUAACACAUCACUCAGAUGUUAUACAUGCCAUUACUCUUGUUACAUAUUUUGAAAAUUAUUUUUAGGCUCUAGAGUGACUUUGGUUCGAAAAUAAUAUGAUAUGCAUUGGAAUAAAAAAAUGUAUAAAAUGCAGUGUAUGUGGAACUAAGACUUACUAAUAAUCACAGAUAAUUCAAGUGUUGUUUAGACAAAAUAAACAGACUUUUGUACAAUA